AACACUGACCGCAGAUGAAAAACAGCAUGGCGGACAGACACUGAAACAAAACAAACCCGUGUAGAAAAACCCGUAAUAUUCGGUGAUUAUAUAGUGAUUAAAUCUAUAAUCUGCCGGUUCUGAGAUUAUUAACACACAUGGACUCGUUGGUUUAUCAACCGCGCUGUUUUGUAAGCUUCUGAAUGUGUUUUUUGUUUCAUCUGGAGACGCCGCGAGACUUUGCGGUUACUGAUUAUACAACAAACACUGGUAUUGUUUAAUUUCCAUCUUUGUUCAACCAUUUACAUUUAAAUCAACUUAAAGUAUCAGUCGAGCGCGUUGAGAACGCUCGUACCAGGGAAAUCCCUACAUUUAUCGCAAACAACCGCCCCGUAUCGCUCAAAUCACAGGGGUGACUACGAAACCUCUAUUUAAGAAUUUUAUUUGGAAUCAAACUCGAGAUGGAGAAAAAACAUCAUCAAUCGGACAAACAUCGCCGCCGUCGUCAUCAUCAUCAUCAGUCGUCCAGCAGCAGCAGCGAGGAGUCCGGCGGGAACAGCCCGGCUCAAGGUGCGCCGGCGGCGGCCAACGCCUUCGCCAACGACGGCAGCUUCAUGGAGAUGUUCAAGAAGAAAAUGGAGGAAGAGGAGAGGAGAAAGAGAGAGGCUGAAGAGGAGGAGGAGGAGAGGAUGAAGAGUACUGCUUCUGCAGGGCAAUCCUCACAAGACCCGAAGCCCUGUAGCGUGACUAACUUUGUGGGCAAGCGGAGAGGAGGAGCACGGAUGACCCUCAAGACGGGAAUGGUGGCCAAGAAACAGAAACUGGAUUCUGAGGCGGAGGCGGGAAAAGGAGACGCCUGGACUAAAUACAUGGCAGAAGUGAAAAAGUAUAAAGCUCAUCAGUGUGGAGACGAUGAUAAAACCAGGCCGCUGGUCAAAUAGACUGAACUGCUUCAACACCCGGGAGACCCAGCAUCUCUCCACACUGCCACAACAUCAUCACACAGACAGACACACACACAUCACUUCUCAUUUGUCCUUUUCUUUGUCGAGGUUGAGUUUUGUCUUGUACUCUUUUGACUUGCAUAUUAUUUAGUCUGUGGGAUUAGAAAGACGAGAUCUUAUUACACCUUAUUGAUAUUUUGUACUCUGUUCAUUUGGUGCGUGAAUGUGACCUGAUCAAAGUUCGUGUUUCAAAAUUAUAAUUAAACUCACAUUACCACACAAUGUGUUCAAGGGUUUUAAAAUUCCCAUGGAAUCGCAUCUUUGUGUAUGUGAUGUAACGAUGAUAUAAAAAAGGCUUUCACAUCAUCUCAACAUUACUUGAUGUAUUUUUAAUUGUUGGAUUGAGGCCGCUUCACUGCUACAUAGUAUGUGAAGAAUAGGUUGUGUGACGAAGUGUGCGUCUCCGUCAGCUCCCUAUUCAUCAUGACAUUGACUGCUCAGAGGCUUUUGUGAGCACAUCAGCCUGUGACAUUUGGACAUGGACACUCCAUCAUCCACCACCAGAAUAAUAUUUCAAAAUCAAACAAAGCUUUAUGAAGUUUUACACUU